AUGAAAAUGCUGCUGUUUGGUGUCUGGGCCCUGCUGGCUUUGCUGUCUUCCCCAGGGGCCACAGAAGGGCUAUUUGAGGUCUCUGUUCAGCCAGAACAGGCCCUAGUAAAGUUUGGACAAUCCCUAAUGGUCAACUGCAGCACUAGCUGUCCAGACCCAGGACCCAGUGGAAUUGAGACCUCCCUAAAGAAAACCCAGGUGGGCAAAGGGCCCCAGUGGAAGGAGUUUCUCCUGGAGGACGUCACAGAGAGUUCCAUUCUGCAGUGCUUCUUCUCUUGCACAGGGAUCCAAAAGGACGCAAGCCUGGACAUCACCAUGUACCAGCCACCGGAGCAGGUGAUCCUGGAGCUGCUGCCUGCAUGGGUGGCCUCAGAUGAAGUGUUUACGGUGAAGUGCCAUGUGCCCAAGGUAGCACCCCUGGAGAGCCUCACCCUUACCCUUCUUCAGGGUAAUAGAGAACUACAGAGAAAGAACUUUGUGAGCUUGGCUGUGGCCUUGCAGAUGGCUGAGAUCGCCAUCAAUGUCAAAGCGCACAGGGAGGAUCACGGGUGCAAUAUCUCCUGCCACGCAGAACUGGACCUGAGUUCACAGGGUGGCAGGCUCUUUCACUCCAGCUCAGCCAGCAGAGUGCUCCACAUUUUUGAAUUCUCUCAGCCCCCCCAAAUCUGGGUCUCUCCACUUCUGGAGGUCGGGACGGCAGAGGCCGUGAGCUGUGAGCUGGCUGGGGUGUUCCCAGCCAAAGAGGUGAUGUUCCACAUGUUCUUGGAUGACCAGGAGCUGAGCCCCUUCCUCUCCUGGGAGGGAGACACCGCAUGGGCCAAUGCCACUGUUCGGGCCAUGGAGACGGGUGAUCAGGAGCUGGCCUGCCAUGUGUCUCUGGGUCCGAUGGAACAGAAAGCAAGAGAGCCAGUGCACAUCUAUAGCUUCCCGCCACCAAUCCUGGAGGUAGAAGAAUUAACAUUAGUGGGGACAGACAUUAAUGUGACCUGUUCAGGGCACGUGUUAACCUCACCCAGCCCUACUCUUCGGCUUCAGGGAGCCCCAGACCCCGCCGCCCCUGGGGAGCCCGUCUGGUUUUUACUUACCACCACAGAGGAAGAUGACGGCCGAAACAUCUCCUGUGAGGCCUCUUUGGAGGUUCAGGGUCAGCAGUUGAUCAGAACCACCACAGUCCAGCUCCGUGUCUUGUACAGACCACGCUUAGAGGAAUCUGGUUGCCCUAGCAACCAGACAUGGAUGGAAGGGACAGAACAGAUGCUAGCCUGUGUCCCAAAGGGAAACCCAACUCCGUACUUGGUGUGUACCUGGAAUGGAGUGUCCUUCAACCUUGAUGUGCCGCAGAAGGCUACGCAGAACCACACUGGAACCUACUGCUGCACGGCCACUAACCUGCUGGGCUCCGUCAGCAAAGACAUUGCUCUCAUUGUUCAAGGACUGGAUGAAGGAAUCAGCUCCACCAUCAUCAUCAUCAUCAUUGUCGCCCUUGGAGCGGGUAUCAUCACCAUAGCACUGUAUUUGAACUACCAGCCCUGCAAGAUGGAGAGGGAGAAAUUGCCCUAUAGGCAAAAAGAGAAGAACAAAGAGGAGGAAAACCAGUUUGCAGUUCAACAAGCAGAAAUGUGCAUCGCACAUAAUUGUUAA